AUGCUCCUCCACAAAGACCACAAUGCUUCAUCCCCAUCUAGAAACUCCUCCCCCGAUGUCGUCCUUAUGGUGUCCAAUCCAGAUGUCGGACGAGUGGACAGAGGAACCAGUCCUCACCGAGCCAAUGCUGGACGAAUUGAUAGAGGAACUAGUCCUCCCCAACCAGAGCCCGCCAUCGUCACCCUCACCCCACAUCUCAAUAACUUCUCGGAUGACAACGCCGAGGAUUACGCCAAGUUCAAGGAAAGAGAAAGAAUCCGCCGACCAUCACCCAAGGGAAGCCCACGAAAUGCAUCACGGAAUGAAAACCCUGAUGACAGAAACCCACCGGGCUCUGACGAAAUACCAGUGGGAGUUCCACCUCCUGCUGCAAUCACGACAAAUAUUGGAGCUGCAGGUCCCUCGGGACUACGAGCAAGAACAGCAGCUCAACUCCCAAGCCAUGGAGAAACUGAACUGGUACUAGUUAUACAGGGAACUACACCUCCGUCAGUAUCAGUUGGUGGACAGGUUCCCCGCUCCAUGGGAAGAACUACCCUUGGUACAGAUCCUCACUCCGGAGAAUUGGAGCGACACACGGACACGCUCCUCCAGCAAAACACUAUCUCCGCGGGCAACCCGGAAAUGAGAAUAGCGACAUACCUCAACAACUGGCUAGUGCCAGUCUCCAGAUCAGAGGGCUCGCCCUCCAAACUGACCCUGACAUGGCCUCUUGGUUCGAACACAACGACGGACGACCAUAAGCUUUCCUCAUCCAUCCCGACAAGUUCUCCCAGUAUGUCAACAGAGAGCUCCUUCCAGCUCUCCUCUUCACCGGAGAACUGGGCGCCGUCCAACCAAGUAGAACCGAUCCUUUCCGCGUUGUCACUUGGAACGUACCACGUCCCGGAGAACGUCCCACGUCUGUACCAAAUCCAAGAAGCAAUCCUGCGACUUCCUCCUCUCACCGGAUAUGAAAUUUUCCCCUAUCUCAUGGGGGUACCGACGAGGAGGAACCGCCUGUCUAUCAAAGAAAUGAAGGAAGGAGGAGUCGAGGAAGUCAGGCAACCCUCCGCCGCGGAACAACUGUUGGCGGGAGUGUUCGACACUGGCCUGGAACGCCUCCUACUAAUGAUCCAGGAAAUUAUGACGAUGCCGAUCCCUACUAUCAACCUGAUGAAGGAGGCGAUGGCUACCAAGGACCCUAUGAUUACUAGAGAGGACUAA